AUGGCAGCACGGUCGAAGCCCCCUCUUCCUCCUAGAACCCCCUCGGCCGCUUCCAAUCGACAUGUCAGUUAUCUUUCGCCCUCGAUCAGUCGAGAUCCCAAUUCAUCUGUCUAUCUCGAUGGGCUACAUGACCCACGAGUAUCGUCGACACAAUCGCUUCAACCUAUCAGACCGGUUGGCGACAACCGCCGCACGUUGCUUGUUGUCUAUAUCCAUGGCUUUCUCGGCACCGAGACCAGCUUCAAGAGCUUUCCCGCCCAUGUACACAGCCUCUUGACCCCAGCUGUGGCAGCAACGCAUGUUGUCUAUACAAAAAUCUAUCCUCGGUAUCAGUCGCGUAGGAAUAUUUCCUUCGCCCGAGAUGAUUUUAGCAAUUGGUUAACCCCUCGCGAAUCGGCCACUACGGAUGUGAUAUUGGUUGGCCACAGCUUGGGAGGUAUCCUUGCUGCCGAAGUGGUCUUGAUACCCUCCCAUUUCCCUCCAGGGAACAACAACCUCUCCCAACAUCGUAUUCUUGGACUCAUGGCCUUUGAUACGCCAUUUCUGGGCAUGCAUCCCGGGGUCGUGGGUACCGGCAUUGCCAGCUUGUUUAGAAGUGCUCCUCAACUCCCAGAGCCUCAAUCACUGCACUCAAGGCCUUUUUCAGAUGCAUCAGCAACGCUUCAAGAUCCGACAUAUAACCCAGCGUAUUCCAACGAUGUUUAUCUGGCUAACAGGAAAGGCAAAUUACAAAGAGCCUGGUACUUUUGGAACAAGCACUGCGGAGAAUUGGCAAAAGCAGCCGGAGACUAUGUUUCUUCUCACCUUGAAUUUGGUGGCUGCCUUGCAGACUAUCCGGGCUUGAAGAGGCGCUACAGUGCGGUUCGCGCUUUGGAGGACGUCGACGAGACCUUGGCACCAAAAACGCCGGAAGGAAAGAUGAUGAGACGCGUGAGGUUCGUGAAUUACUAUUCGGCAAGCACUGGGCCUAUCAGGGAGAGAUCGCCUUCUCCAAACAAAGGGCAAACGCUUCUGGAACCGCCUACGGCAGAACUUCAGGAUAUGUCGACACGCCGAUUAUCUGGAGAAAGCCUUCAUCCAUCGACACACUCGAGUCCGCGACUGUCUCUCGAAGAACAUCGUGAUGGCGAGGUCAUAGCAAAAGAAAUGGCUGAGCUCAAAAUCGACCCAGAUCCCCCAGAUUUAAUUCCUGCCUCAAGCACAAGCGAGCAUGAUUCGAUUUCGGGUCCAACCAGCGACAGUUGGGCUUCAGCAGAAGCCCUCUCUGCUGAGUUAGGGUUACCGCCACUUCCAGCAUUGCCUGAACGACCGGCGCGAUUCGACGCCAGUCAAUAUCCCGACGAAGAUACCCUCAAACUGGUUCAAAAAGAACAUAAGCGGCAAAUGCAGAUAUAUGAAAGGGCAGUGAGAGACUGGAAGAAAUCCGUCAAAGAUCGCGAAAAGCUACUCCGGAAACGCCAGCGUAAGCAGCAGGAACAGGCAAAGACCACCAAGGAGCAAGAAAUCCGGCAGCAAAAAGAACGACUACCAACAUCGUCCAAAAUGAAGCCAGAAGAUCAUGAGAGGCAACUGCAGCCAGAAGCAAAAGAUUCUGGCGCUACAUCGCCAAAUGAAAAAGUCCAGAAAGUCCGCAAGUUUUGUGCUCUCCCGCCGAAAGAUCCAAAUACAGGCGAGCCAGACCCAACAUGGAUUAGGGUGUAUAUGGAGGGAAUUGAUGAGGUGACCGCGCACACUUCAAUGUUCAACGAGUCAGAAACCUAUGUAAAACUCGUGAGAGACGUCGUCGAGAGGAUCGAGACAUGGGUUGCUGAAGAUGCGUCUAUACGGACAGUCCUGGCGGAGCUGGAUCAAUGA